AUGGAAGACAUUGGAGCACAAGAGAGUUGCAAUGUUGUGGUGCAUUUGGUUACGUGUGAUUACGGUUCCGGUUGCGAUGUUGUGGCUUGCUUGCAAUAUUCUGUGGCGCCGGUUGCAUUGUUGCGUGGGUUUCGGUUGCAGUGUUGUGGAAAAUUUUGGUUUUGGCAAUGCUAUGGGGGUUUCGAUUGCGAGAAGCUUCUGUCGCAAUGUUGCGGGAGUUUCAGUUGCAAUGUUGUGGAUUUCCGUUGCGAUGUUGAGUGA